GAUGUGUGGUGGCAGGAAAACAGCUAAAACCUGUAGGCUGGGAAACACUGCUGCAAAGUGUUAGCCAACCCGCCCUUGCCAGCGUAGAAUGCUCAAAAACAAACUGUAAACCUUCUAAGGCACAUCAUUUCUACAUAAUUAUUGCAAAUAGAAGCUUCUCAGGCCCAUCUGCACCAGUUUGAGUACAAAGUGGAUUAUGGGAGUUGACAACAUAAAAGCCCAUCACCACUCUCCAUCGGGCUGACAGCAGCAGAACAUGUUAAUGUGGUGUUGGACGGAGCGCCAUGGUGCUUUGUGACGGCGGGCUUUACUGGGUCGGACACAGCCUCGUCAUGUCAGGAGCCGUGUUGUCACAUUAACGAGUGGAUGGGCACGCACAAAGGUGGCUUGUGAUCAGCUGUUCAGAAGGAUUUGACAGAUACCUUUAAAUCAAAACAAAAAAUCUCUUUCCAAAUGUUUGACUUUCACAGUUUUCCUUUCUGUUGAUCCGUGCAGCUCCUGCUGCUUGGACCAAAUGAACCGGAGAGAUCUGAAAUAUGUCGAAGUUUCUCUUACAACUUUGAGAGCACAGAGAAGACUCCGGAAGCAUGAUGAAUCUCUCUUCUCCCCUAUAUAUGCCCCAGCUGGAGAUGUACCAUGGAGUUUGCAGACUGACCCCAUGAGAGUGCUGCAUCCAGAGUAAAUAAGCAUAACUUCAUCAGAGGGACUCGUUGAUCCUAAUGGAGAUGACGCUUGGCCCUCGGGCGCUGAAGUCCGGCCCCUCUGCAGACCCGGCUGAUAGCAGGUAGACUUUGGCCUGAAACGGGCACGACACAACAGGAAGAAGCGUUUCCCGGUCAUCACAGCAGAGAUUCCUGUGCACAGGUGGAGGAGAAGGCUUUGUGACUUUUAGUGAAAUGAGCCAAACGAGCAGCAGCACGAGUGAACAACAUGAGCCUCGUCCUCCUCCAUACAGCCCUCCAUACUAUGGGGAGUAUUCACACUCAGGGGUGACUCAUCAGGUAGGAAAUGGAAACAUUGCUGUUGUCUCCCCUCCUGGCCCUUACCCAAACACAACCCUCCCUGAUGGGACAGUAGAAUUUGGAGAAGACUCACAAGUUGGUCCAACUCAGACACCGUUUGUGUUUGAAUCAGCAUCAGACGACGGUGGCUUCAGUGAUGCUGUGAUACGAAAAGGUUUUGUGAGGAAAGUCUACCUGACCUUGAUGAUUCAGCUGCUGUUUACUGUUGGGAUCAUUUGUGCAUUUCUGUACUGGAACACACUCAGGAGCUGGGUUCUCAGAACGUCCUGGUUCUCCUACACCAUGAUGUCAGUGGUGCUGGUGCUCGCCAUUUUCAUGUCCUGUUGUGGUAGCGUCCGCCGUCGUGUACCCCUGAAUUUUAUAGCCCUGGGCCUGUUUACUCUUGCAGAGGGCCUGAUGCUUGGAUCUGUGGCAGCGUAUUUUGAUGCUGAAGUUGUCCUGUGGGCUGUGGGCGCAACAGCCUUCGUUUCCUUCAGUAUGAGUCUGUUUGCUAUGCAGUCAAAGUGGGACUUCACGCUCGGAGCCGGAUUCCUGUGGGCAUUAUGCUGGUCCUUGAUUUCAUUCGCACUGCUGUGUGCAAUCAUCCGAUCUCAGUUCCUUUACAUCUUUUACUCCUUCCUGGGAACGGUGCUGUUUUCUUUAUACUUGCUGUUUGACACUCAGCUAAUCCUGGGUGGGAAGUAUGAAAUCUCUCCUGAGGAGUACGUGUUCGCUACUCUCAACCUGUAUGUGGAUAUCAUCACCUUGUUCAUCUUCUUGCUGCAACUCCUGAACCUCUGCAAUUCGUAAUGUUAUUGUAGAAUGAUGGUUAAAACGUCUUGUUUAAAUACACACAUUUUAUUUAAGUAGGGAUGCACUGAUAAGGAAACCUGGGCCGAUAUCAAUAACUAAAGAAAUUGCUUUUAUAUUUCCCUAUGCAGAUAAUUUAUUAAGGGUGUAACCGUACAUCAUUUUGGGGCAUCGUAGUACGAAACAUUCGGUGAGGGACAGAGGCAUACCAAGUUCCCGUACGGAUGUGUACCUGCGCUGGACCUUAUCCCGGAGCACAAGCGGCUCUGUCUAAAGGACCCAGCCUAACCGGUCCACGUAGCCUGAGGUACCAGACACCAAGUCCUUCAUUGAGCAGGAAGUGAACGACAGUGAAAUUGGACGGUCUUACCUCGGCGUUUGUCCUUUUGCCUAGCAACUAUGGUGCUCAACAGAAGUUAAAACUACUUACUGACGCUACGGGAACUCGCCAUACGAGCUGCCUCUGUCCCUAUCAAGGGGACAUUUUCUACAGAUCUCCUUUUAGCAGACGUGGACAAAUAAACAUUUCUAUCAAAAACAGAAAGGCUGAAUGAGCCUGAACAAGGCUACAACCUGGGCCUCUUUAUGUUGAAUUUUUAUCUUUCAGUUGUUCAGGUGGGUGUUUGUUGCAGCUGAGAAAGCCAAAGCAUUGUUAAAAUAUUUAGUAGAAAUCAUUGCAAGUAACCAAGGUACGUACCGAACCAAACUGCCUGUCUCAAAAAGACCUGUCGUUAAUAUCAGCCCAGUUUUACUUAUUGGACAAAAACAGAUGUGUUCAUGUAGAGGCCCAUAAAUUAUGCACCCCUAUAAUUAAGGUAAACGUUUGGUGUCUGGAAAGCUUAAGUGUAAGUAAAUAAUCUGGUGACUUGUAUCACGUUUUAAGACAAAGAUGGUGUAUUUUCUAAUUAUUUGUGUGGUUUUAAAGACUCUCAGACACGCAGAGACAAUUAAAGUCUGAAUGUCCUACC